AUGGCUAACUUCACAACUGGGUUUCUUCUCACAGGAUUUUCAGCCAACCCUGAGCUAGAAAACUUAUAUGCUUCUUUGUUUUUAGUUUUGUAUCUGUUGGCUUUUACGGGCAACAUCCUCAUCAUCACCGCCAUUUCCAUGGAUGACAGUCUUAACACUCCCAUGUAUUUUUUCCUGAAACAUCUCUCCUUUUUGGAUCUCUGCUAUAUUUCUGUGACUGUACCGAGAUUCAUUUACAACUCUUUCAUGCAGAGUGGAAAUAUCUCUCUCUGGGGAUGCGUAUUGCAAUGUUUUGCUCUAAUACUUUGUGCAUCUGCUGAGCUGUUCAUGCUGACAGUGAUGUCUUAUGACCGCUACGUGGCCAUCUGUUUUCCAUUGCACUAUGACAUCAUCAUGGACGUCAGAACCUGUGCCCAUGGAGUCAUUGGAGUUUGGGUCAGUGGGACCCUCUCUGGAGUCAUGCAUACAGCAGGUACUUUCUCCAUCCAAUUCUGUGGCCCCCGGGUCAUCCAUCAGUUCUUCUGUGAUGUUCCCCAGAUCUUGAAACUCUCCUGCUUCAAUGACUAUCUUGCUGAGGUUGGUGUCACUAUCUUCCUCUCUUUGGCUGCAUUUCUUUGUUUCAUCUUUAUUGGAUUCUCCUACAUGCACAUACUUUCUUCUGUACUGAGGAUGCCAUCAGAGGAGGGCAGAGCCAAGGCCUUUUCCACUUGUCUGCCCCACCUUGUUGUUGUCUUAUUAUUUCUUUCUACUGCUGCUAUCGAGUAUUUAAAGCCUCAUUCUGACUCUCCAACUGUGUUGGACAUUUUGCUCACUGUUCUCUACACAGUUGUUCCCCCAACCUUCAAUCCAAUGAUCUAUAGUCUGAGAAAUAAAGCCAUCAAGUUGGCUGUCAGAAAAGUUUUUAAGGGAAAGAAAGGACAAUGGUUUUAG